AUGGCGGCAUCCUCCUCGGCACAAAUCGACCUCUUCAAAGGAUGGCCAUCUGACCGCCUCUAUCCCACUUCCCUCCUACAGACUGCAUCUCACACACUCCUCUCCGAGUCCAGCCUUUCCAUCCCGGCCCUUAUUUACGGUGCGGACCCAGGCCCUUCGUCCCUUCUUGAAACUCUCUCCGAAUUUCUGUCCGAUUUCUACUCGUCAUCGUGGACCAAUCCUUCUCGCCUGACCAUUACCGGUGGUGCCAGUCAGAGCCUCGCAUGUAUCCUUCAAGUCUUCUCCGACCCCUCAUACACAAAGAACGUAUACAUGGUCGCGCCCACAUAUUUUCUGGCCUGUCGCAUAUUCGAGGAUAAUGGCUUUGCUGGUCGGUUGAGGGCCGUCCCUGAGGAUGAGGAGGGCAUUAAUCUUGAACGGCUCGAACACAUGCUUUCGUGUGACGAGCUGGAGAAUGGAUGGCUGGAUCGCUGCCCAAUAAAACGACCCUUCCCCAACCAAAAGCUCUACCAAAAUAUUCUGUACUGUGUGCCCACCUUUUCGAACCCGUCGGGAAAAACCAUGACGCUUCGCCGCCGAGAACAACUCGUCCGUCUGGCUCGACGAUACCAUUGUCUGAUCAUCACCGACGACGUCUAUGACCUGUUACAUUGGGAUCCCAAAAAACUUGGAAAGGCCGUUUUACCACGCCUCGUGGAUGUUGACCACACUCUCGACGGCGGCGUGUCGUCGCCAUUUGGCAAUGUUGUGAGCAACGGUUCAUUUUCCAAGAUCUUGGGUCCUGGUUUGCGCACCGGCUGGACCGAAUCAACCGCUUGGUUCGCCGAGGGAUUAUCCCAAUGCGGCUCCACACGAAGUGGUGGAUCUCCGAGCCAGUUCACCGCAUCUGUGAUUGCUGAGACACUCCGAACUGGUGCACUAGUGAUGUAUCUCAACGACCGUCUCAUUCCGACCUAUCGCCGUCGAUCCGAGAUCGCUCUUGAGGCGGUCAAAGAAUAUCUUCUCCCGCAUGGAGGUGUCCUGGACGCAAUGAAACAUCUUUCCGGUAAAAAUCAGAGCGGGGAAAUGAUUCUAUCGGCCGUUCAGGGAGGGUAUUACAUUUAUGUCCAUCUUCCCGAUGACAUCAAUGCCACAUCCUUCGCCCAGCAAGCAGAACAAGAAGAAAAUAUUGUCGUUGGCAGCGGCGAAAACUUUGAGGUCUGGGGAGAUGCAGAGAGUGUGCCCAUCAAGCAUGCUUUGCGCAUUUGCUUUGCCUAUGAGGACGAGGAUUUGCUCGUGGAAGGAAUUCGGAGGUUAGGCAAGGUCCUCAAACGACUAUCAGCAAAAGUGACCCCUGGAGAGACUCUCGAUACCCGUUGA